UCUGGCAUGUUAUAUUAUUGAUCUUCAACACAUUUCACUGGUGGACUCACACUAGGCGUUCUCAAACAUGGGACUACUUUCAAGUAGGGGACAAGUUAGUGAAAGAAAUGGAUCACAUGGAGGCCUACAAGAUUGCAUUAACAACUUGGGCUAAAUGGGUUGAUUCCAACAUUGAUUUUUCAAAGACCAGAGUCUUUUUCCAAGGAGUUGCUGCAGUUCAUCUUGAUGGCAGGGAAUGGAAGGACCCAAAAGCAAAAGGGUGCCUAGGGCAAACCCAACCAGUUCUAGGGCCAACUUAUCCAGGCCCAAGCCAUCCAGGAGAAGCUAUUGUAAAAAGUGUCUUGAGCACCAUAGAAAAGCCUGUGUACUUACUGGACAUUACUUUGCUCACCCAGCUGAGAAAAGAUGGCCACCCCUCCAUUUAUGCAGGCCAAGGUCCCAAAUUUGUAGACUGUAGCCAUUGGUGUCUUCCUGGUGCUCCUGAUGCUUGGAAUGAACUUCUAUAUGCAGCUUUGCUCUAG